AUUUAGAGAAUAGCACUAACAGAAUUCGUUAGGCGACUGCUUUAAAAAGAACGCGACAACUUAAACAGAAAAAAGUUUCGCAAAAGUUUCCACAAAGAAUUAACACUUAUCCUAACAAGAAACGCAGACAGAACAAAAUUACUACUGAUCAUGGCCGAUAAUUCAUCCAAGAUGUUCGACAGCAAGACUUUAGUGUUGCGUAUUUUCCCCCGGUUCGCCAAGCUGCCUGUACCUAGCAUCUCACCAUCGUGCCUGAAGCUGGAGACUUACGCACGCAUGGCAAACAUCCAGUACCACGUCAACACCGCGUGCGAGAAUAUCGAUAAGGUGAACAUGCCGGCGAUAGAAUACGAUGACAAAGUGGUCGUGCACUCGGCAAGAUGUAUACCGUACCUGAACGAGCGCUAUGGCCUGGAACUGGACCGAGACUUGAGCGAGGAGCAAAAAGCUACCGCAACAACGAUUACAGCUAUGCUGGACGAGAAAACUAGCUGGACACUGCAUUACCAUCGCUGGUGUAGCGACUACGCCAAACAGUACAAAGACGAGCUGAUGUACGGCCUAAACUCAAUAUUCAGGAAGAUAGCGUUUUGUGUCUUUAAAAGUGACGCGCAAAAAAAACUUGAAGCGCAGGGCAUCGGUCGCCAUACUGAGGCGGAGGUAUACAGUCUUGCUGAACGCGACCUCCGCGCUGUCUCCACCCUACUCGGGGACAAGCCAUACCUGUUCGGGGACCGGCCCGUGGAAGCGGACGCCUCCCUGUUUGGAAUCGUGGCAAAUGUGAUCUGGACCAUGCAAGGGAGCCCGCAAGAGAAGCUGGUCAGUGGAGAACUGCCGAAUCUAGCUGAUCAUGCGCAGAGGAUCAAGAAGGAGUUUUAUCCGGACUGGGACGAGGUCAUCAAGAGUGACACGUUUGAGUCAGGAAAAAAGAAAUAAAGAGCGGCUAUCUAUCACAUACUGCAUGGGCUCUUUAGUUCACAAAUAGUUUAGCACAUUUGAUACGUUAUACUGCUGUGGUAGAAAGAAUUGACCAUAAACAAAUAAAUUGACAAAAACAAAUAAAUCUAUGUUAAUAUCUGCCUGAUAUUUAACCAAA